AUGGCAGACGAAGAUUCCACAUCCCCAAAGCCAUUUCGGGUCAUUGUUAUUGGGGCCGGUAUUGUCGGCUUGUCGCUCUCACACGCUCUACAACUAGCCAAUAUCGAACAUGUCGUCCUCGAAAAGCACGACAAGAUUGUUUCACUAAAAGGCGCAGCGCUGAUUAUCUGGCCGGCUGUCGCACGUAUCUUCGAUCAGUUUGGUAUUCUCGAUAGAAUCACCAAGACCACGUCGCCCGUUGAUGCUUCCUACAAAAGAUGGCCAGACGGGAGUUUGAUCUGUCGCGAUGAUACUAUGCAGGCUGUGAGCAAACUGCGCCUUGAACGUAUCGAGCAAACUGACACGGGUGUUCGCGUCCACCUAGCCGAUGGCUCUACCGAAGAAGGAGACUUGGUCAUCGGCGCAGAUGGUGUGCACAGUCAUGUUCGCAAGCUCAUGUGGGACCACGCCGACAAAUUUGAACCUGGCAGCAUCCCCGAAACCGACAAGGAAGUCAUGUCGUUUGGAGAAUACAGAGGUUUAUUCGGCGUCAGCACGGUUCCAGACAAUGCUCAACUCGGCACCUCCAACACGAACAUGAUUCUCGGCCAGGACGUUACCAUGCUUCUCUUUUCGCAGAUGGGGAGGGCUAUGUGGGGUAUCACUUUCAAGGACGAAUUUCAAAAGGCAGAGCAGAAAGGUAAAGCUACUGAGGCAGAAAUUGAGGCGGUGGCGGAGAGGUUCGCCGAUCUUCCUAUGACAAAGAACAUCACACUGGGCGAUGUAUGGAAGACAAACGAACGGCACGGCCUUCUCUAUGUCGAAGAAGGCGUCCUGAGUAAAUGGCAUGCCGGGCGCAUAGUCCUCGUGGGAGAUUCAGCACACAAAAUGACAGCCGACCUCGGCAUGGGCGCCAACAUAGCCGUCGAGUCCGCCGUCCACCUCUGCAACAUCCUACACCGCGAAUUCGCCUCCAACCCCACUCGUCGCAUCUCCACCCCCGAUCUCGCCGCCUUGUUCGCCGAAUACCAAGCCGGUCGCCACGCACGAGCAAAGGAAUACGUCGAGACCAGCGGCAAACUCACGCGCAUGAACAGCUACCAGUCACGCUUUAAUUACUUCUUUGCUGGGUAUUUGCACAAGUACAUCGUGCCGUCUCAGAAAGCGGGGCUCAUCGAAUCGCUGAGUGUUGCGCCUAAACUGGAUUAUGCGCCGACGAGGACGAUUGACGAGAGCGCUGAGGGGUGGCACUGGAUGGAGAAGCAAGAGAUGAAGAAAGGGAAGAAGAGUGGUUGGUUCAAGUACAUGGUCUUGACAUCGGUUGUGGGGGUGACUGCCGCGUAUAUGGCACGUGCUGGGCUACCAGCACUGCUGAUGAAGUUGACUGUGUAA